AUGCUUCGACAUCGUGAAAAUAUCAGUGUGGCGAAAGAAAAACGAGCAGCGAAGACGAUUGCCGUCAUAAUAUUUGUGUUCACAUUUUGUUGGUUACCGUUCUUCUGUGCCUAUGUGAUUCUUCCGUUCUGCGAAACCUGUACACUUCAUCCAAAAGUGAAUCAAGCCUUCACAUGGUUGGGUUAUAUCAAUUCAUCAUUAAAUCCAUUUCUCUACGGUAUUCUCAAUUUGGAAUUUCGUCGGGCAUUCAAGAAAAUCCUCUGCCCAAAGGCCGUACUUGAACAACGACGACGACGUUUAAGUGCUCAGCCUUAG